AUGGAGGCCGUAGUAACAUCUAUGGCGAUGCGGUCGGCGUCGUUGCUUUUCUGGUCUUGUGUCAUGACGAUGGGAGGAGGGACUCUUUUGGAGCGGAUGACUCCUGGCGUUGGACCACCUCAUGGGAUGGCGAGCCUCUACGAUGGAGAGGUCUACGAUGCCGGAGUUCGAGUGCCAACUGCUGACAGCUUCGAGUGGCGUCCCGUGCGAUCAAUGGCAAUACCUCGCACCAUCACAGCUCCGGAUGGACCUCCUGCGCGACGUAUUGAGGAGAUCCCGGUCACCAAGAUGUUCAAGAGUUCUUCUGGGAAGUCGGUGCUCGACUUUGGGCAGAACUUCGCUGGCUUGGGUCCGAGUGAAGCUUAA